AUGGAUAACAUCAAGAUGCUUGGGAAAGGCCUGUCUGGCCUGGGCGCGCAACUCACACCUUUCGCUUCGCGGACUUUGCAGUUCACAAAGGAGCAGUUCGGUCAGGUCGAGGAUAAGACCCAGCUUCCUCCUGAUUACAUCGACCUCGAGAAAAAGGUGGAUGCGCUGAAGCAGGCCCAUCAGAAGAUGGUUUCUGUUACCUCGCAAUACUCAAACGAAGCCUACGACUAUCCGCCCAAUAUCAAGGAGACGUUCCAGGAUCUCGGACGCACCGUCACUGAAAAGGUUUCUCUGCUCUCAUCUGCAACCACCACUGCCGAAGCACAAGCUGCCCUUGUUGCCCCCCCCAGUGCCAAGCCGCAGCCCAAAACAUUCAGUCACGCCAUUGCUCGCGCCAGUCUGGCAAGCAGCCAGUUGCUGCAUCAGAACCACACUGGCGCAGGUGAGGAUCCCCUGGCCACGGCCCUGGAGAAGUAUGCCAUCGCAAUGGAAAGAGUCGGUGAAGCCCGUCUUGCGCAGGACUCUCAAAUCCAGAGUAGCUUUCUUGCGGGCUGGAACACCACCCUCAACACCAACCUGAACUUCGCCACUCGCGCGAGGAAGAAUGUCGAACGGUCUAGACUCUCACUGGAUGCCGCCAAAGCUCACGCGAAAAGAACCACGUUCAAGAUGGGUGGAAACAGCGCUCGUGGCGAUCAGCAACAAGAGGAACAGGAGCUCAGCCCGGAAGCGCAAGAGGAAAUCGAGAAAGCGGAGGAUGAGUUUGUCACCCAGACCGAGGAAGCCGUGGGGGUCAUGAAGAACGUUCUCGACUCUCCGGAGCCACUGCGCAAUCUCUCCGAGCUGAUUGCCGCCCAGAUGGACUACCACAAGAAGGCUUACGAAGCCCUCAGCGAAUUGGCUCCCAUUGUCGAUGGUUUGCAGACUGAACAGGAGGCGAGCUACCGCAAGAUCAGAGAGGAAUCUUCAUAG